GCUGAUCUACCCUUCAAUUCGACGUACGAUACCUCCCAUAUAAGAUUGAUAUUUCAAUUUACUAAAUGCGCUUAGAUGUCAUUAUCUGGCACGUCGGAAUCCACAUCUGGGAUGUUGAUCAGUACAACCUUGAACCAAACUAUACCGAAUACCACAAGAUCCUCAUAGCAUACAAUUUGCUAUAUACGCCAAUUCUACCUCUCGUCAAGGCGUCUAUCAUAUUCCUUCUUCUCAGGGCCGGAUGGGUCGUCACCCCCAUCAGAAGAACACUCUAUGGCAUUCUAGCCUUUGUUAUUGGAGCCUGUCUCGGACCGUGGCUUGCUCUUAUAUUCCUGUGUCCGCCUCUAACUGGCGAAACGUCGGAGCCUACAGUAUAUGGAGGAUUAUCGUGUCUGACUCCAAAGCAAGGCGGUAUUAUCUACGUCUUCCUAGUCACGGCCAACAUGUUUACGGACCUCUUGAUUCUGCCAAUUCCAAGUCUGUUGGUAUACAGGAUACGAAACGCAAGUCUUCAGUCGCGAUUGACCGUCAUAUUUUCGUUCGCGCUCAGUUUAGGGGUAACCGCGAUGGGCGCCAUCAGGCUCAAGCUAAACUACCAAGGGAUCCUCUAUAAACAUCACGAAUCUGACUGGACCUAUACUAUCGUAUAUUGCCUUAGUCACGCCGAAAACAACGUCGCGAUCGUUAUCGCCUGCAUGCCGCCCCUCCGCAGUCUAAUUCUCCGGUGGGCAUCAAAUAAAGACGAGGAAGCGCUUGUUCGAGACCAAUCUGAUACAAUCAACCGGAGGAUCUACGGGGAAUCCUUCACUCUCCGGCCGAUGUCGGCCACGGAGGAUGCGAAAGACCAGUUUACGGGCACGUCAAAGCAUAACGAAGGUUUCUGACAGCAAGCACGCAUAUAAGUUAAGCGGGACCGGAGUUACAGAGUACAAUGAUACCAAUGUCGAUGAGGAGUUAUGGGGCCGCUGGUAGGCUGGUUGGUUGGUGGAGGUCUAGAUGGAGGAGCAUAUAUGGACGGUUUGGAGCUUUAAGGCCUAUGAUUUAUGAUUUUGUACGUCCGGAGCAAGAGAGAUAGA